GGGGGUGGGGCAGGCCAUGACAGGCCAGGGCCCACUGGGGAAGUUGAGGUUGUAAGAGCUUUAUGCUCUUGGGACACUUUCUGAACCUUGUCCCGCAGGUCCCCUCUCGGAGGAAACUUCUUCUGAGCCAAGGGGUGAAUACAUUCUGGGACUUGUGCAGUCCCAAUGGGCUGGGCGGUCAGCUGGGAAGGGGCUGGCCCGAAGCGGCAGCACCGGUGGCAGCAGUGGUGGCUAAAGAGGAAACAGAGGGUCCCAGAGGCACAGCUUGUGUUCUUCCUCCUCUGCUUUCCAAGAUGAGGACCACGACCUCAGUUUCCCCUCUGUUAAGAUGAGCUCCUCUGACAUGGGAAACUGAGGCGGAGAACCAUGAGGUCACUCAAGAUCACGUAACUGCUCGGCCACCCCGCCUCGUUCUCCACCAUGACCGAGCCCACCGUGCAGCCGUCCCGCACGUCCUCCGCACCCGCCUCGCCAGCAUCCCCGCGCGGCUGGGGUGACUUCUGCGAGCGGCACGCGGCGGCGGCAGCGCGGGAACUGGCCCGCCAGUACUGGCUGUUUGCGCGCGCGCACCCACAGCCACCGCGCGCCGACCUGGUGUCGCUGCAGUUCGCCGAGCUCUUCCAGCGCCACUUCUGCCGGGAGGUGCGCGAGGGCCUCGCGUGGCCUCUGGGACACGACUACCGCGCUACUGCACCACCCCGCCCCGCGCUGCCCAAGGCGCGCAGCUCCGAAGACCUUGGCCCGCGGCCCGCCUGUGCCCUGCAGCACCUGCGCCGCGGCCUGCGCCAGCUCUUCCGCCGCCGCUCGGCUGGGGAGCUGCCGGGGGCUGCCAGCGACACCAACGACAUUGAUACCACCGUCGCCACCAGGCCGGGCCCGGCCCGCAAGUUGCUACCCUGGAGCCCGCGAGAGCCGUCCGCAGAGGUGCUCAAGGAGCUGGCAUUGCGCUACAGCCUGGCGGACGAGGCGGCAAUGGACAGCGGUGCACGCUGGCAGCGGGGUCGCCUGGUGCUUCGGUCUCCAGGUCCAGGCCACGGCCACCUUCUGCAGCUCUUCGAUCCGCCCAAGAGCUCGAAGCCCAAGCUCCAAGAGGCCUGCUCCAGCAUCCGGGAGGUCCGACCAUGUACACGCCUGGAGAUGCCUGACAACCUCUACACCUUUGUGCUGAAGGUCCAGGACCAGACAGACAUCAUCUUUGAGGUGGGAGAUGAACAGCAGCUGAACUCAUGGCUGGCAGAGCUCAGGGCAAGCGCAGGCCUAGGGCUGGAGCACCUGGACACAGAGUUACCUCUUUCCUUAGUGGCAGAGCCUGGCCCAGCUAGAUCCCCAAGGGGAAGCACUGACUCCCUGGACCAAGGUGCUUCACCUGGGGUAAUGCUGGAUCCAGCCUGCCAGAAAACAGAUCACUUCCUGUCCUGCUACCCCUGGUUCCAUGGCCCUAUCUCCAGGGUGAGGGCCGCACAGCUGGUUCAGCUGCAGGGCCCUGAUGCCCACGGUGUGUUCCUGGUGCGGCAGAGUGAGUCCCGGAGAGGGGAAUACGUACUCACAUUCAACUUACAGGGCAGAGCCAAGCACCUCCGCCUGGCGCUCACAGAGCGCGGGCAGUGCCGGGUACAGCAUCUGCGCUUCCCCUCGGUGCUGGACAUGCUCCGCCACUUCCAGCGCUCCCCCAUCCCACUUGAAUGUGGGGCGGCCUGUGACGUCCGGCUCUCUGGCUACGUGGUAGUCGUCUCUCAGGCACCAGGUUCCUCCAACACUGUCCUCUUCCCCUUUGCCCUUCCUCACUGGGACUCUGAGCUGGGUCAUCCCCACCUCAGCUCUGCUGGCUGUCCCCCCGGCACCGGCCAUGGUGCGGAGGCUCUCCCUGGCCAAGUGACACCCCCUGAGCAGAUCUUCCACCUGGUGCCUUCUCCUGAGGAACUGGCUGACAGUCUGCGGCAGCUGGAGCUUGAGUCUGUGAGCAGUGCCCGGGACUCAGACUAUGAAAUGGACUCUUCACGGGGCCACCUUCGGGCCAUUGACAACCAGUACACCCCUCUCUCACAGCUGUGCAGAGAUGCAGACUUGUGAAUGGAACUAUUUUCCUCCCCUCCAGAGAACUACAGGCUGCCUGAGUCAGCCUUCUCCAGCUCAGAUGUGCCCUGCUUCUGUGAGACAGACAGACAGACAGACAGACAGACAGACAGACACACACACACACACACACACACACACACACACGGCUGUCAGCCACAGCUAGUCCCUGGCUUUCUCCCACUGUUUACAGAUGUAGUUCUUGUGCGCAGGUGCCACUAGCUGGUACCCUAGGCCUAGUCCCCAACCCAGAGGAGGUGGGGCUGCAGGCCCAGAGCUGGCAGUGGAAAUCGGCAGAGCUGAUGACAGACUUCUUACCAGGUAGGGUCACCAGGAAGCACAAAACACUAACAGUCCCUGGAUUCUCACAUAGGGAAAGGACAGAAGCUCUGCCAGACGGGCAAGCUUAAAGAUCAAAAAUGAUUCAAACAGUUUACCUCAGAGUCAUCAUUUUUAAAGGAUUCAGGUUUCCAUCAACUAUUCUAGCUUCUGAGGACCCCGACUGCCAGACUGAAGUCCCCAUGCCUCACUCACCCUGAGCCCAGCCAGCAUGCUAUGUCCUUGUCUGCUCACCCUCGGGAUAGUUGCCUGCUAUAGGGUAGCCACUGUCCUCCCUAAUGUAGAGAAUGAAGUGUGUCACCCUUUCAGGGAAUUCCAGGCAGCUUGUAGAGAGGGGAGGGUGGCGGCAAGGGACAUUCUACCCCAGUGCCUUAUGCAUUAAAAACAAGACUGUUUUACAAGCAGCUCCACAGUGGACAGGAUGACUAGGUGGGGGAAGAGACAAACGCAAAAGGAAGGGCUCCUAGGCUUGACUAGUGAAGCGGUAUUUAUAGACUCCGCCCCACCCCCAGUGUCUACAUCUAGUGGCUUGAGACUGGCUCCUCUGUGGGCCAAAAAGGGAGCUGGCACUGUGCUAUGUAGACACUCCUGUAACAGCUAAGUGUUUUGUCCGGUGGCGGCAGGGUCACUGGUGGGAGACUGUUCCUAUCCAUUCAAUCUUUCCAUCUAGAUUGUGCCAAUGCUGUCAGCUUUCCUAAGGGACGGUUCACAGGGACUGGAGUGGGCUAUUCGUGGGCAUAAGCAAUGCUUAUAGCAGUGCUUUAGGGAAUCACAACUUAACUCCUAGACACGUCAGAGGCAAUGCUGCUGCCCUGCUGAAGCCAACAGUACUGACCUCCUCAUCUGGUUCCUCUGCACUUCCGCAAGCACAUGGGCUUUGGUGAGGGAAGCAGCUGCACCUCCUCUUGAACACUCACCACGAUGGUCACAGACCAAGGUGGGUCCUACACAGACAGGUGCAGAUGCAUGGUCCAUCUUUAUGAUAACUAGCUAUCCUUUCAUCCUUCAUAAGGUAUGAACCAAAGAUAUAAGCAAUAUCCAACCAGUGGCCCAGAGUCUAAUCUACAUAGGAUGGUUGGCCAGAGGCUAAGCUAACUUCACACUUGGGGCACUCAUUUCCCCUGGGCCUUCAGGAGAGAGACUUGCCAGAUGCUGUAAACCAGCAUCUCUGCCCCACAGUGCCGAGAAUCACACUGGGACAGCUUCCUUCCAAAAAAUGUAAGACAAAAAAGUAUUCUCAUGACUCUGGGACAGAGUGACAACACUAAGCCAACACUCCCCCCACCCCCCAGACAGGGUUUUUGGUUUGUUUGAAUUUGGUUUUUUCCAGACAGGGUUUCUCUGUGUAGCCCUGGCUGUCCUGGAGCUCACUCUGUAGACCAGGCUGGCCUCGAACUCAGAAAUCCGCCUGCCUCUGCCUUCCAAGUGCCGGGACUAAAGGCAUGCGCCACCACCACCCAGCAAGCCAACACCUUUUCUUUCUGCUAGAGUACGUGCAGUUGGCUGAAGGGGGCAGGCAAGUUUGAGAGGCCCCAGGCCAGAUGCCCUCACCAGUGUGUCAACAGGAGGUAUCAUUCCCACCCCCAGCAGUCUUUACUGGCCAUCACUGGCAAGUUAGGCCACACUAGGCGGGAAGUGUCUGUUGGCCCUCUACAGACAGAAUGUAGCUCAACAGUCCCCACACCCAUGCUUCCUUCUCCUGAGCACUCAACUACAAGUCACCAGCACCAAAGAGUUAGGUCAACUAACCUGCCUUGACUUUACCAGCAAUCCAUAUGGCUUUAUCUGUAUAAAUCUUCUGCCUCUGAUCAUUUCUGGAUGGUGUAGGAAAAAGGAAUAGCGAUCAUUACAAUCUUGGGCCACACAACACUAUCUUUACCUAAGUUUCUUAACCUAAAUUAAGGCUUCGCCUCUUCUCUGAGGGCUCGGUCUCUUGUUAAAUGUUAUCUUGGUGUUAAAAAUGAACCCCACAUGAUAGCUUGUCAUCUACUGCCUCCUAAUGAAGACGCAUCUAAUGGCCAGCGUGUGGCCGUAAUAAGCAGCAUUGUGACCACAGGAACGGGGGGGAUCUCAUCUUUUAUCAUUAUAGCAGAUAUUUGGCAAAUCUUUGUUUUAUGUAAUGUAUGAGUAACUUAUUCUUGAAUAAUGCAAAUUUUGCUACAAUGUACAAAUUGCUGUAUGUGAAUUAAAAAAGGUUUUCAGAAUUACAA